UCACAAUUGCAUAAUAUUGCGCAUUUGUCCUCAGAACUCAUCACCUUUUGUAACCGCUCUCAGAAGUAGCAGCCUGGCAUGGUUGACAUCAGCACUACUCCGGGCAGUCAAUCUGGGGAGGACGUCAACCUCGCACAGAAAUCUGGAGAUGUGGCCGAACAUAAAGAUGCAUCUCUACCAGAAAAGGCCGAUGGCUAUUCCCUUGACGAGGAAGCUGCGCGAAUCGCUGAUGAAGAUUUGAAUCGAAAGAAGAAGCAGACAUAUAAAGGACGAAUGCUCAUAUGGCUUGCACUCCAAUCAACUGGAGUUAUAUACGGCGAUAUUGGAACUAGUCCUCUGUAUGUUUACUCGUCUACCUUCUCGACUCAACCAGCCUACGAUGACCUUGUUGGAGCCCUGUCUAUCAUCAUCUGGACAUUGACUCUUAUGGUUACAAUAAAGUAUAUGUUUAUAGUUUUGUCAGCCGAUGAUGACGGAGAGGGAGGGACCUUUGCGCUAUACAGUCUCUUAGCACGCUACGCCCACAUCGCCCAGCGAGACCCAAACACUCAAGGUUCUCUGAAACUGGAACGUUAUAAUACAGGGGAUAUGAAGGUUGCAAAUAAGGGCAUUCGGACUAUGAUUGAGAACUCCCAGGUCGCCAGGGUUUUCCUUAAGAUUCUUGGGGUCUUGGGAGUUGCUAUGGUCAUGUCCGAUGGUGUCCUCACUCCCGCUCAGUCUAUCCUGGGAGCCAUUCAAGGCCUCAGGGUCGCACAACCAAACAUUUCAUCUGCUACUAUCGUUGGGGUAUCAUGUGCUAUCAUCGUCGUACUUUUUUCUGUGCAACCGUUUGGAACCUCUAAAAUUGCAUCCUCAUUUGCACCAAUCGUCAUGAUAUGGUUGCUCUUUAAUGCUUGCUGCGGUAUAUACAACCUAGCGAAGUUCGACCACUCAGUUCUCAAAGCCUUCAGCCCAUUCUUUGCCGGUUCAUUCUUGGUUCGUAAUGGGACAGAUGGAUGGCGGACGCUGAGCGGCUUAUUACUUGCCUUUACUGGAGUUGAAGCCCUCUUCGCCGAUCUAGGCGCCUUUACCAAACGGGCGAUCCAGCUUUCCUGGCUGUGCCUUGCAUUUCCAUGUCUGCUGUUGGCCUAUAUCGGUCAAGCGGCAUACAUCGCGCAGGAUGCUACGGAAACGGCAUUCACCAACCCAUUCUUCUAUACAGUCAUUCCAGGAACCUUCUACUUCAGUCUCGUGAUAGCAGUUAUGGCUACAAUCGUCGCCUCGCAGGCGAUGAUUACAGGCGCCUUCCAGCUCCUCUCCCAGAUUAUGAAGAUGUCAUACUUCCCUCAUAUCAAGACUGUGCAUACAUCCAAGCUAUUCCAUGGUCAAAUUUAUAUGCCAUUGGCGAACUGGUUACUAAUGAUUGGCUGUGUCAUUGUCACUGCUGCGUACAGUAAUACCACAAGAAUUGGAAACGCCUAUGGUGUAUGCGUUAUCUUUGUGACGUUUAUCACAACCUGUCUGGUCUCCCUCGUUGCAAUACUUGUGUGGCGCUUCAACAUCCUCAUUGUCAUUGCCUUCUUCCUCGUCUUCGGCGCCCUAGAUGGCGCGUAUCUCUCGGCAGCACUCAUGAAAGUCCCUAACGGGGCCUGGUUUACCAUCAUGCUUGCAUCUAUUCUUUCAUUCGUAUUCGUCCUAUGGCGUUUUGGGAAAGAGCAGCAAUGGAGUGCAGAAAGGGAAGAUCGUUUCCAGCCUUCGCAUCUGCUAUCUUCGACUGACAACGGCGAUGUCAAACUCACCGCAGCUUACGGUGGUAGUAUUGUCUCGAAAACCCCAGGUAUAGGCAUCUUCUUCGAUAAAACUGGCGAUAUGGUCCCCAUCGUAUUCGCACAAUUUGUGAGAAAAUUCAGUGCCCGGCCAGAGAUAAUUAUCUUCUUUCAUAUGCGCCCUCUAUCCAUGCCCUCAAUCCCGGAAUCCGAAAGGUUCGUCAUCCAGCGUACUUUGAUUCCGGGCUGCUAUCGCAUCACUGUACGACAUGGCUAUAUGGAUUCAAUCGUCUCUCCUGAUCUUGGGCAGCUUCUUGUCGGGCAACUAACUUCAUUCAUAACCCGCGGCAACUCGUCGAAUACAUCACUUACAGAGUAUCCUCCGGCUGUUCAGAGGGAACUCGAUGCUCUAAGUAGCGCUUCACAGUCACAACUGGUGUAUGUGAUGGGCAAGGAAGAGAUGAAGAUUAAACAUGGGACAAAUAUUUUCAGAAGGGUGCUUUUGGCGAUGUUCUUGUGGUUGAGGGAGAAUAGUAGGACAAAGAUGGCGGAUGUAAAUAUCCCGACUGAUAGCUUAGUUGAAAUGGGCUUUGUGAAGGAAAUUUAGAUGCCGUGGGGUUUUCGUGUAGGUAUAUACCAGCGGAGAUCGUACGUUAGGUUUGAAUUCAAUCUGUCCUGAG